CGGAAGCUACGGUGGCUGAGAGAUCCCUUCGGAAACAAAACAAGCGACUCCUGUAGGGCGAGACUCGGGAACUGAUUUAGCCGGGCGGUUGGUGGAAAGAAGAGUAGCAUUGCAAGAGGUUUUGAGUUUCUGUGGAAGAGAAGUGUGUCCAUAAGGCUGCUCCAAUGACGGAGCUAUCUGCACCCUUACCCUACUUCCAGAAUGCACAGAUGACAGAAGACAGCCAUAUGAGCAAUACAGUCCGUAGCCAGAACGAUGGCCGGGAAAGACAGCGCCACGAACAUAGCGAAAGGCGGCGGCAUGGUAACCCUGAGUCAGAGACCAAUGGACAACCCCAGGGUGGCACAAGGCAGGUGGUGGAACAUGAUGAUGAAGAAGAUGAAGAGUUGACUUUAAAGUAUGGUGCCAAACAUGUGAUCAUGCUGUUUGUACCAGUCACACUCUGCAUGGUUGUGGUUGUGGCCACCAUCAAAUCUGUCAGCUUUUAUACCCGGAAGGAUGGACAAUUAAUUUAUACUCCAUUCACUGAAGACACAGAAACUGUAGGGCAGAGAGCACUGCACUCCAUUUUGAAUGCUGCCAUCAUGAUCAGUGUUAUUGUGGUUAUGACCAUCCUGUUGGUGGUACUUUAUAAAUACAGGUGCUAUAAGGUGAUCCAUGCUUGGCUUAUAAUUUCCUCUCUCUUGUUGCUGUUCUUUUUCUCAUUCAUUUAUUUGGGUGAAGUAUUUAAAACCUACAAUGUUGCCAUGGACUAUAUCACUCUGGCACUCGUGAUCUGGAAUUUUGGCGUGGUAGGAAUGAUUUGUAUCCACUGGAAAGGCCCCCUUCGGCUCCAGCAGGCUUAUCUCAUUAUGAUCAGUGCCCUCAUGGCUCUGGUAUUCAUAAAGUACCUUCCUGAAUGGACUGCAUGGCUCAUCUUGGCUGUCAUUUCAAUAUAUGAUUUGGUAGCAGUUUUGUGUCCAAAAGGUCCACUACGUAUGCUCGUUGAAACAGCUCAGGAAAGAAAUGAAACUCUCUUCCCAGCUCUUAUUUACUCCUCGACAAUGGUGUGGUUGGUGAACAUGGCAGAAGGAGACCCAGAAGCCCAAAGGAGAGUUUCCAAAAAUUCUAACUACAACGCACAAACCCCAGUAAACCAGAACUCCAGCAGUGUUACUGAAAGUGAUGAUGGCGGUUUCAACGAAGAGUGGGAAGCUCAAAGGGAUCGUAAUCUGGGGCACCACCAUUCUACACCAGCGUCCAGAGCUGCUGUGCAGGAGCUUCCUGGAGGAGCUUCUCAUGUGCAUGAGGAUCCUGAGGAAAGGGGAGUAAAGCUUGGACUAGGGGAUUUCAUUUUCUACAGUGUUCUAGUUGGCAAAGCCUCAGCAACAGCUAGUGGAGACUGGAACACAACAAUAGCCUGUUUUGUAGCCAUAUUAAUUGGUUUGUGCCUUACUUUACUGCUUCUUGCCAUCUUCAAGAAAGCAUUGCCAGCUCUUCCAAUCUCCAUCACCUUUGGGCUUGUUUUCUAUUUUGCCACAGAUUACCUUGUGCAGCCUUUUAUGGACCAGCUAGCAUUCCAUCAAUUUUAUAUCUAGCACAUUGAAAAUUGGAAUCCCAUGGAUUUUUCUCCUCUGACUGUAGUAAAAUCUGGAGAGGACAAAAAAGUUUUCUUCCUCAUGGAACAGUUUCAAGAUUCCCAGCUGGACUCAUCGCAGCUUUCUCCCAGUUUUUUGUGAGAACUUGCUUCCCUGAACACUGAAAAGGCAGUAAAUGGUUUUAAAUAUGUUGAUUUUUUUUUUUUUUUUUUGCUACAAGAAGCCGCCUGGAUUUGUGAAAUAGAAAUAGGAGGAGGACAAUAAGCCAAAAAGUUGCUGAUGCUUCUACCAGCAGUUUACCCCUUGGUCACAGGUAGAUACCACCAACACUACAGACUCUCAGGACUACCAUUGCCAAGAGGUGAGAUGAGGGAAGCGGUUAGACCAAACUGAUCUUUAUCUGCACCCACACGUUGAAAAAUCAACCCAACAAAUCUGUAUUAGUUAAAUGUUGAACCAUUUGGGGAAUCGCCAGGUGGACAGACAUCUGCAAGCCAAAUGGAAUGGAGAAAAGGGAGGCAGCUGCCACUUCCAGACUUCUAUGCUAGAAGUUCAAGCCAUUUUCAAGUAAGAGAAUCUCUUCCACCUUGGGUCAAGCCAGGUGCUUAGGCAGAUUUUAAUGGUUUAUGUUCUCAAGCACUGAAGUUUUAUCACUUUUCACUUUUGCCAUUUUUUCUCAACUUCAAUCUGAAGUAAUUUGGGCUAGUCCACGUCAAAGGACUUUGGUUCAAGAUUCAGUAGAUAUUGGUGGUAAGGGGACUGUUGUUCAAAGUCUGUUCCUCACUGAUAUUCUCUGAAUGCUUCUGGAUAUCCAGCUAAAUUUCUGUCCUUUCUUGCUGUGAUAGCAACAUGUAAUUAGUCUUUUUUUUUUCCCCAAAAGGCACAGCAUUCCAAGUUCACCUUUCCCCACAUAUCUUCCGUAUUUUCCCCCUUCACUCCAAAUUGCAUGUAAUUCUCCUACCCAAGUAAGUAAGACAGAUAAGGUCUGUCAUGGCAGUGGAUGGAUGACCCAUUUAUUUUAGGAUUUUAUCUCAAGCAUGCUUGUGUGCUUGUAAAUUGCUGCAGUUAGCCUUUUUUGUUGUAAUUUCUUCAGUAAUACACAGACUCCAUCAAAAGUUUGUGGCCAAAAGCCAGGGAAUUAAAACAAAAUAUAAUGCUUUGUGAUAUUCUUCCUUUCCUGGUUUCUUUCUUAGUCUGACUCUUCGUAUUUCUGUCAGCUGUCGAGAAUUAGAAUGAACUGCUGAAAGCAAAUUAUUUUUUAGGCAGUUUAUGAAUCAGUUUUGUUUAGCAAGGUUAGAAACUAGUAUGUAGAAAUAUAAAGUAUUUUCAGUCUACAAACCUGGCCUAUCUGGAGGAGCAUGGGGUAGGAGGAGAAGUCACUGAUGAGGAAAGAAGAGUCCUCAAACAGCUAAUAGGGCAAAACAAACCAAAUGCUAAAGAGCAGAUACCAAAUCAUUUAUCAAAAACCUUACAGUUGGUUUUUUGUGGUUAUACCUCUCCUAUUGCAGGUUGUUUCAGAGUGUCUUUGUUUGAAUUGGGGACAGUGAAGACACUAGUUUAAGCAACAGUGAAAUUCGGUUCUAUACAAGUAUGCCAAACAAAGAAAAUCUGAUGACCUGCUCUUUCCAGAGGUUACUAUCUCUAACUAAAGUCUGUGUGUGUAGACAGGGCACAAACUCUGUUGGCCCUCUUUACCUCAGAGAACCCUCAGCUUUAGUGAUCAGACUAUGUGCUCAAGAAGGAGACAGUGUUGUGGCUCAGGAACAGCCAGUGUCAUCUCUGUGCCUAACACGUGUCUAGCUGUAAUAUAUCUUCUAGAUUGGGGCAGUUUCUUUUGGGGCCUGGAAUAUAUGCACUCUGCCAUUGGAUGGCUUCUCUGGUUUAUUAUGGUAAUAAGGAAAAUAUGUGUAUUCACCUGGUUUGGGAUUUUAUGUUUAGGUAAUGCCAUUGUAUCUAAAUACUUGCUCAUAUGAGAUUGUUUUGGGAACUUCAAUGGAAAUGAAGGAUGCAAAAAGAAAGGAUGAGUUUCAGAACAUUUGAUUGUUUUGCUUUUUUUAAAAUCUUAAUCUUUUCUUCACUUAAUACUUUUCUCCUAGGCUUUUCUCUCACUUAAGUACUUUACAGCAGAAAUAUUAUCUCCUGGAGUUUUACCUGUGAUUCAGAAGCACUUAGAUAUAUAUCAGUUCAUGAUCUCAGGCAUUACUUAGUGAAGCAUAAAGCGAGUUCUUUUAAGCAAGGCUUCCAGAUACUCUGUGUAUUAUAGAUUUUUACUUCAAACCAGGAUUCACCUAAGAGAAAUUUGCUUAUGUCUGUGUUGGCCAUCCUGUGCUUUAUUUUUCCCCAUUGAAAGGAUUGUGAUGCUACAUGCAAAUCUGAGCCAUGUCUGAACCAAGCUGCAUCAUAGCAAACAGACCAUUGUAUGUUCCAUUAAGUAGAACCACGGACAUCAACAGCAUGAACUUCCCCCAAAAUGCUCUUUAAGGAGAAGUGUAGAGAUUCCGGAAUAUCAAUUAUGAGUCUUCCAUAAUGAAAAAUGAAUUAGGUCACAGUAUGGAGCAGAGGAAAUGCCAGAUGUACACUUGAAAGUCAUUCAAGGAUAGGCAGCCACAGUAUUCAUCCCUUAAGUGUGGAUCUGGGUAUAGCUAGGAGUGGGGUUCUUCCACGCUGGGAAUAGCACCACACAUUGAAUUAACCAACAAAGUGCAACAAAUUCAGAAGUUUGAUGAAUUUCAAGUUUUUCUUUAAAUUAAAAUUCCCUUUAAAAGAAAGGAAUUGAGGCAAUAGGUGAGAAAAUGGUAGAUUUGUAUCUAGUUUUGACACAUAGCAUAUUUACAAAAUAAAAGAGUACGUUUAUGUAGAAAAUAGUUCAUAGGGUAUAUUUGGAAGAUUGAUGUUUGAUGCCCUAGACUAGAAGUCACAGCUCUUUUUUUUUUCUGGCCAAGUACAUUAUUGUAUUUCAAAGCUGUUUUUCUUUCUUUUCUUUUUUUAUUUAUACAUUUAAUUUUUACUACAAUCAGCCUUUUUUUUUUUAAAUAAACCACCCCUGUCCUAUAGUACCUUUAAGCAAAACCACCUAUCAGAACAAAUUGCAGGUACCAUAGCUUCUUAUUGAUGACAUUUAACAUUUAGAAAAGUGGAAAUCAUGACCUGUGCAGAACUUGGAAGAAAAGUAUGAGAAAAGUCAGAAAUUUAUUAUUAAUUAACCACCCAUCAAAGCAACAACUGAAUAUAUUGUUUAAGUUCUGAAUGUAGGAUCUCCUCUCUAUGUGUCAUUUGCAUCUAGUACUCUCCUUAGGAGUCUCCAGGACUGCAAACAAUGUACCUUGCUCUUAUCUGAUGCUGCUGCCCUAAGGAUCUCAAAGCACUUUUCACACAAACUGAUCUGUACCCCACUUACAAAAGGGGAAAUAUAAAAACUUAAGAGAAGUCAGGUGAUGUCAGAAGCAGAACUAGAGCUACAUUCCUGGCUAUACAAAUUCCCCAUUUUAAUCACCAGACUGUGCUUGAUCAGCAACAAUUUUUUUUUUUCUGGAAGGAGGAGGCUAUAUUACCUUGGACUUUUCUAAAUUUUUCAAGAGGUUCACCUGAACUGUGUUAUUAGUUUGCUGUUUUCUAACAUAUGGAUAACUUUAAACUCUUUAAAACAUCAGAAACUUUAGGCGUAAUGACUGUAUACUGUAAUCUGUAACCACUUUUUCAUGGUUGUCCUUAAGGGCUCUUGCCACACGAACACAAUUGACACUGAAAAUUGCAAUAAUGCUGUCAGAGCCUUAUGUAGCAUGUGCUGUCCCACUCCACCUGGACCAUCUCUGUGUGAGAAGCAGACUCAUGAACUGGGUUGUGCUCAUUUCAGGAAUGAGUCUUCUAAGUGAACUAAGGCUUCUUACGUUCGCUUCCUCUGAAUUUGUCCUUAUAAUAUGUGACGGACAGUACCCCAUUCUCCCAUGUUCCCUCUUUGCCUGCAGAUGUCCUAAACACUGUGCUGGAGAAGAGCUUUCAGAACUGGACAGUUGAUCUCACUGAUCUUUUUCUCUUUUCCUCUGGAUCUCAUGGCAGAGACUUUUAUAUCUUCAAUUUGAGCAUAGAGCAUAUCUUCAUAAUGUCUUUAAAAUCCCAGAAUAAAUAACUUUGAAAAACACUCACGGACUUUCAACUCUUCACAGCCCUGUCAUAAAAGAAUGGUCUCUGAGCAGCUUAUCUGGAUACCAUUAUCUGGUGAUCUUAUUAGAGGAAGCACCUGCCUAAGGAGAGGAUGCAGAUUAGGUAUUGCCUUGACCACCAGUGUAGUCCUGAUCAGAAACCUACCACUUUUAACCUGUUGUACUUGAAAGCUGCCUCCUGCUGAAACAACUCGAUGUCUCUCUGCACAGAGCAGUUUCAGAAUAUCUCAGAAAGAGGUACUACUUCUGGAUGCUUGCUCUGUCAUUAAUAUGAGGAGACGGUCACAUCUUUCCUCAAAUGUGCCUGACUAGAACUUCAGGUUGGACUAUGCAGCAGGAAAAGUUUCCUUCUUAGGACAUUUUCCUUUUUAAAAGAACAAGUAUUUAUUGGAACUAUUGUCAGCAGCUUCAGAACUUUGAAUCAUGCAGUGGUGGCUACAGGGUUGUCCACACUGCAGUAGUAGCUUGGUUUACAAUGCGGUUGGACAUGCUGGAAUAUGGACUUCAUGGGGAUUCCUUUACUCUCAAGUGUUUGCUGUUUUGUUUUUGUUUCUACAGACACUGAUUUGUACAUAAUCCAGAGAGAAUGUGAAAACAUCUUUUUGUAACACCUUUCAAAUUCUUGAUAAGAUACAAUUUUGAUAGAUUGCAAAAUUUUCCUGUAUUUGUCAGAUUAAUAAACUAAAGAUCGCAUGAAUCCUAA